GACGUCGGGCCUCCAAAGCCUGGCCGCUCGCCCUUAGAUCCUGCGGAAAGAUUGAAGGCAAUCCAAAGCUCACUGACAGCCAUCCGCGCCGAUCCCGCCCCGUCCGGUGUCGGGGUGCCCUCUUCCCAGCCUGGAGUGCGGGUCUUUGCCCAAGCGUUGCCCGACGAGGUCGCGCAGGUCGGUGCCGCGCACAUCGAUGCGGGAGAUGGGGCCCUGGUCAUGUCGAGCGUCGUGCCCACGCCCGAUGGCACGCGCAUCCGGCUGGUGCAGGAGAAGCAGCGAUUCGGGGAGCCCCUUGGAACGCUGGAAGUGAAGGCGAGCUGCCAGCAGAUGGAUUUCGAGCGGGUGGUCUCUCUUCUGGUGCCUGGCACGGAGAAGUUCCGGUCCGCAGCGAUCUCAUAUGGUGCCACGGGCACCGGGAAGACCUUCUGGCAGCAGCGGCUGCAGCAAGCGAUCGGCGCAGAGCUGCUCAGCCGCGCAGGGACUUUGAGCCUCAGCAUGGUGGAGGUCCUGGAGGUCUGUCGCGAUCUGCUGGCGCCCUCGGCUGAGCCGCUUCCCCUGCGAGAGGGCUCGGGCCAGUCAAAGAGCUUAUCCGCCUGCCUACCGUUUUAUGAGGUGCGCACUGCGCAGGAGCUGGAGGAGCGGCUGGCAGUGGCAAAUGGAGCCAGGCAGACGGAGGCAACUGAACCGAGCCCCUCGUCCUCUCGCACCCACCUUCUCUGCAUCUUGAGGACAGACCGUUUCGAGGUCAUGCUCGCCGACUUGGCCGGCUCUGAGCGAGCCGCGGAUCGACGCUCCCACACGUCGGCACAGUUGGCAGAGGCCAAGGCCAUAAACUGGUCCCUCGCCUGCUUGCACGAGUGCGUCCGCCACGUGGCCGAAGGCUCGUCGCAUGUUCCCCUGCGGCGCACACCUUUGACAAGGCUGCUUGAAGGUGUGCUGACCAGGGCACAGGAUCACCAGAUCGUGUGGCUCGCACAUGUCCAUCCAAGCAGCAGGUGCCUUGCACAUUCCGUGCAUACGCUUUCGCUUGCCGGCGACCUUGUGAAGGCGGGUCUGGCCGCGCAACGGCGGACAAAGCCCUGGCAGGAGGUGCCGCCGAAGGCGUGGACCAAAGAUCAGCUGACAGCUUGGAUAACAGCAAGCUUUCCCUCUAUGCCUUCCGACACCUUCGCCUGGGCAGAUGGCGCGACCUUCGCUCGCGAGUGGGAAAGGGACCUCAUCAAACGGGCUGAGCUUGCGGGGGCCUCCAAAGAAGAUGCCACCGCCGCCUACGAGGCGUUUCAUGCGCGGGUGCGUGCCGGGCAGGGAGAAAAAAGGUUCCGUUUUUGCGCCCCUAAGUAG